AUGUAUGAGCCUCGGCAGCCCACAGAAUCUGGACGUGCCCCUGCCCCAGGGUCCCUGGGCGAGCGCGGGUCCCGGAACCUCCGCCACCCCCACUGCCCCCAGCUUGCAGACAGCUGUGGCCUCCGAGAGCCCAGGGACGGCCGUUUACUGGGAAAUGGCCCAAGACAGAAGCAUGUGGAAGACAAACGGCGCCCAGUUCUCUUCUCCCUGAAUUCAAGUCAUCGAGGGUUGACGCAGCCGGGACGUCGGCUUGAAACGCCCCGCGAGCGCCGGCCUAGCCGCGGCGCCGGGACACGCACGCGGGACUACAACUCCCGAGGUGCCUCGGGCGAGCCAGGCGAGCGCUCCCGGCCGCUGAUUGGCGGGGCAGCGGGGCGGUGCGGGGCCGGACUGUGCACGUGCGCGCGGCGGGGCCGGAUGGCUGUGCUCUGCAGCUUCGCGGCGGUCCGCGGGGCGCCCGGGCCUUGGCGGUGGGCUGCCUGCGCAGCCGGGGGGCUCCGGGGCCGCCGUCCCGGGAGGGGCUACGCUGCGGGCCCGGCGCAGAGCCCGCCCACCUUUGGGUUCCUGCUGGACAUCGAUGGAGUGCUGGUGCGGGGCCACAGAGUGAUUCCCGCCGCUCAGGAAGCCUUCCGCAGGCUGCUGAACUCCCAGGGGCAGCUGCGGGUGCCCGUGGUCUUUGUCACGAAUGCUGGGAACAUCUUACAACAUGGCAAAGCCCAGGAGCUGUCAGCCCUGCUGGGGUUCAAGGUGGAGCCAGACCAGGUUAUUCUCUCUCACAGCCCCAUGAAGCUCUUCUCACAGUACCACAAGAGGCGGAUGCUGGUGUCUGGGCAGGGACCCUUGGUGGAAAAUGCACGAGUGCUGGGCUUCGAGAAUGUGGUUACUGUGGACGAGCUGCGGACGGCCUUCCCUGUGCUUGACAUGGUGGAUCUCCAGCGGCGGCCGAAGACCACGCCCGUUCCAAGGAACGACUUCCCCGCCAUUGAAGGGGUGCUCCUCCUUGGGGAGCCAGUCCGCUGGGAGACAAGCCUGCAGCUGAUCAUGGAUGUCCUUCUCAGCAAUGGGAACCCCGGGACUGGUCUGGCGACGGCCCCCUAUCCCCAUCUCCCUGUCCUGGCCAGCAACAUGGAUCUCCUUUGGAUGGCUGAAGCCAAGAUGCCGAGGUUUGGCCACGGCACCUUUCUGCUGUGCCUGGAAACCAUUUACCGGAAAAUGACGGGCAAAGAGCUGAGAUAUGAGGGCCUGAUGGGCAAACCCAGCAUCCUCACUUACCAGUAUGCGGAGGAGCUGAUCAGGCAGCAGGCUGAGAGGCGGGGCUGGGCCGCCCCCAUCCAGAAUCUCUAUGCUGUAGGUGAUAACCCUAUGUCUGAUGUCUACGGUGCCAACCUGUUCCACCAGUACCUGCAGAUGGCGAAGCAAGGUGGGGCACAGGAGCUGGUGGUCGGCGGCCUGUGGAGGCAGCGUCCCUCAGCCACCCAGAGCUGCGCCUCCAUCCUGGUGUGCACGGGUGUGUACAGUCCCGAGACCCUGGCGCCUACCGAGCCUGCCGAGGGGGGAGAAGAGCCACCCUUCCAUGGGCACCGGGACUUCCGCUUCAGUCCAGGGCUCAUGGAGGCAUCCCACAUUGUGAAUGACGUGGACGAGGCUGUGCAGCUGGUUUUCCACAAGGAGGGCUGGGCUUUAUAGUGAGGGCCGGGCAUUGGAGGCCAGGGGGCAGGAGGGAGCCUGGAGCUCUAGGGGGUCCUGUUGGCUGGCUCUGGCCCAGAUCACUGGGCAUCAAGUCAGGGCCUGCUCCUGUGACACUCUUCUUGGUGCCCCACAGUGUGAUAUUACUGGUCACUUGGAAGAAGACAGUGGCUUUUUUUCUGCUGGUCAGUUGCCACAGAAUUGUAUCUUGGGUAGCAUUUUGGGUAGAACUAUCAGGAUUUUUUGGGCCUAAUUCCUUUCUGCCUCUCCUGGCACUCUGACCUCAGGCUAGUCCCUUUACCUCUGUGCCUCAGUUUCCUCAUUAUUUCAGUAGGGACUUCUGAAAAAUGGGGACGUGGUGGAAAGGGGAAUAAUGUGGAAAUUUCUGCAGGGCCUCUGCCCACAUUGAAGGAACCACUGCAUGCCAGCAAGGAGUGUAUAACACUCAGAUACCACUUCUUAUUGUAUUUUAGCUUAUUGCCCAGAGACUUUGGGCCUUAUUUUUUUUAAUUAAAAUAAUCAUAAUAAAUAUUCAUUAUACUGUCUCUUGUGAAGCUCUAUCUGGAAUGUACUAGAAAGUCCUGUGGGGGAAGGAUUGUGGGUGACCUUGAGGCAGAGAGAUUGGUGGCAUUUCACUCCCAAAGGUGCUGAGGUCUCCUUUCCAACUGCUGUUCUCCCUCCACCCCAAACCACCCGCAGGCUGGGCUGCGAGGCCCCAGUCUGUCUAGGAAUGAGUUAUGCCAGGCUUUGGCAAGUUCUUAGCAACUUCCCUGAUGUGGAAAAGAAAAAGGGUCUUAUUUAUGGUUUGAUCUAAAGGAAAGAGCCUUUCCUACAGUGAUUCUGGAAAGUAUGUGUUUCUUAUAUUCCUCCCUCUAGGAGUAAUCCAGUUCCAUUUUUCCAUGGUCUGUCACCUGUGACCUCAUGUUUGCCAGAUCCCCUGUCACUUCUCGUCCUCAUCUC